UUUGUUUGUGAACAGGACCACUGCAGUGAAUAUCUGAACCGUGAGUCAUACGCAUGAGCAGAGUGCAAAGUCAGGCAGAUACAGGCCCCAUGUCCCAGAGCAAAAACUCACCAUACAACCAUUCACCUAGCAACACCGAACGAGACGAGACGGGAAGCACCUCAAGGACGCAGGUGUGAGACUAAAGUGUUGUCAAGGGGUCAGAGCUUGAAUAUGACUACACAAAGUACCACCCAAUGGACGAGAUUUAUAAUUGGAUGAAGGACAUGGAGGAGUUGAAUCCAGAGCUGAUCUCCUCAACAGUCUAUGGGAAAACAUUUGAAGGAAGAAACAUCACGCUUAUGAAGCUGGGACUUCAAAACCCAGAGGAGCGAGAGAAGAAGGCAGUGUGGAUGGACUGUGGGAUCCAUGCUCGAGAGUGGAUCGCUCCAGCUUUCUGCCAGUGGUUUGUCAAAGAGAUUGUGCAGUCGUACAAAACCAAUGCACACAUGGAGAGGAUGUUACAAAACCUGGACGUCUAUGUAACUCCUGUGAUCAAUGUGGACGGGUACAUGUACAGCUGGGUGGACAACAGUACUCGUAAGUGGAGAAAGUCCCGCUCCUCUCCUCCUCCAGGAAGCAGCUGUUAUGGAGUUGAUCUCAACAGAAACUUCAAUGCCAACUGGGGAACGGUGGGCGUGUCCUUUGACAGUUGUUCAGACACAUACUGUGGAACUGGACCAGGGUCUGAGCCUGAGGCCAAAGCUGUCAUGGAUUAUAUUGGUAAAAUAUUGAAAAAGGUCCUUUGCUUCCUCACCAUUCACUCUGCUGGACAACUCAUCCUACUACCCUAUGGACACCCCCAGAUCAAAGCUCCUAACUAUCAAGAACUGGUUUCUGUUGGUGAAGCAGCCGCAGCAGAAAUGAAGAAGCUUCAUGGGAUGGAGUACAGAGUGGGAACUUCUCCUCAGAUCCUCUAUCCAAACUCGGGUUCAAGCAGAGACUGGGCUCGUCUUAGUGGGAUCCCCUUCUCCUACACAUUUGAGCUAAGAGACAAAGGUGAGCACAGCCACCUUCUCCCUGAGGACCAGAUCCAGCCGGCGUGUGAGGAGGCCUAUGCAGGAGCCCUGUCCAUCAUCUCUUAUGUCCACCUUAAAAACUUCAACAAUAACACGACCCCAAACACAGAGCCCCUUUAAACAGUCUGGGCUAUUUCAGAGCCUCCUCAGCAAUACUGUCUGUAUCCAUCACCACUGGACUCCUGAGAGGAUGAAAGAGGAGCACUACCAGUCCUGAACAGCAGGAGGCGGUGUGGCAUUGAAACGUUUGACUGGACACUGGGAUUUAGAAAUUGCUCUCAGGCCUUAUAAAUUUGUAUUAUUUUAAGAUUUAUGAAUUAGCAUAAUGGAAACAGUUAAAUAUAUGAAAUAAACUUAAAAUUUACAUUUUAAGGCAGGCCAAAGUGUUAAAAUUGUGUAUUUUAUCUAAUAAGUUUAUUUUCAAGUAUCAAUGUGUUGUACAGGCCUAUAUACUGUAUGUACGUGUAUUAAUUAUUAAUUUAAAGUUUUCAGACAUUUAGAAAUGUUUAUUUUUCUUUUGAGUUUCUUCCAGCAGAUGGCAGUAUAACACCACAAUUCUUGACAAACCACUUAU